AUGCAGACCUCUAGGGUUUCUGUUGGGCCUGCCUUUUGCCUUCUUGUCUCUUCUCAUCUCCCUUGUGGGUGUGGUUGUGUGGAUAGUUGGGUUGCUUUUGACAUGCAUAUGUCCUUGUUGCCUUUGCGUGACAAUCAUAGUGGAGUUUGCUCUGGCUCUCAUCAAGGCUCCAAUAGUGGUUAUGGAGUGGUUCAUCUCAAAGAUUCCAUGUUGAAGAUAUUUGUAUUUUUAGGUGAUUAUUUGGUAGAUUGUCUUUUAAAGGUGAUUGUUUGGUAG